CGCAGAUCUUGUGCACUCCACGUUCUUCAUCUUUGCUACUGUUGUUCUCAUUUAGCUUUUUUCAGCUGCAACAAAUCGUGGGUAUCUCGUGGUUUUUCUGUUGAAGCAAGCUAAAGCGUAUUUUUUUCAGAGCUUGGAUCUUUGGUGGGGUUGUGAAAAUGAGGGUGGUUUCGUAACUGGGUUGGAGCUGAGUCACUAUAUGAUUGUGGGUGGUGACUGCUUUUGCAGUUUGGUGUUGUUGUUGUUUGGAUUGGAAGGGAAGGUGUAUGUGUGAUCUCAUUUGGAUUCUAUGUUUGGUGAAGGGUUUGGGGAAGAGGAGGAUAAACUGGGAUUGUUGGGGGUUAUUGAUAAGGAGCAGGGGUAGUUGGGGCAAAUGUGGCUGAAGUAAGGUGAAAGUUUUGUCUUUGUUUUUUUGUGGGAAAAUUUGAGACCUGGGUUUUGUUCAGUUUGUGCUUGAUCUUCACCCCAUAGGGAAAUUUUGGAGAAUUUGUGGGUGUCAGCAGAUAAUGCAGCAAGAUCAUAAGAAAAAGAGUUCAACAGAGAUGGAUUUUUUCUCUGAAUAUGGUGAUGCCAACCGGUACAAGAUUCAAGAAGUCAUUGGCAAAGGAAGUUAUGGUGUUGUCUGUUCAGCCAUUGACACUCAUACUGGUGAAAAAGUGGCAAUUAAGAAGAUUCAUGACAUCUUUGAGCAUAUAUCUGAUGCUGCACGUAUUCUCCGUGAGAUAAAACUGCUGAGACUUCUACGACAUCCUGAUAUUGUUGAAAUAAAACACAUUAUGCUGCCUCCUUCUAGGAAGGACUUCAAAGAUAUUUAUGUUGUUUUUGAGCUAAUGGAGUCUGAUCUUCAUCAAGUCAUUAAAGCCAAUGAUGACUUAACAAAAGAGCACUAUCAGUUUUUUCUUUAUCAAUUACUUCGGGCACUGAAGUAUAUUCACACUGCAAAUGUUUAUCAUCGAGAUUUGAAGCCAAAAAAUAUACUGGCAAAUGCAAACUGUAAACUUAAAAUCUGUGAUUUUGGGUUGGCUAGAGUUGCCUUCAGUGACACACCAACAACUAUAUUUUGGACGGAUUAUGUUGCUACAAGGUGGUAUAGAGCUCCAGAGCUAUGCGGAUCAUUUUACUCGAAGUAUACACCAGCAAUUGAUAUAUGGAGUAUAGGUUGCAUCUUUGCUGAAGUACUAACAGGAAAGCCACUUUUUCCUGGAAAAAAUGUAGUCCAUCAGUUGGAUCUGAUGACAGAUCUGCUUGGGACUCCCCCAUUGGAUACUAUAUCGCGGGUACGCAAUGAUAAGGCAAGGAGAUAUCUAACUAGCAUGAGGAAAAAGCAACCGGUGUCAUUUGCACAUAAAUUUCCCAAUGCAGACCCUUUAGCACUGCGACUGCUCGAAAGGUUGCUGGCUUUUGACCCAAAAGACCGGCCUACUGCUGAAGAGGCAUUGGCUGAUCCUUACUUUAAGGGACUGGCAAAAGUUGAGAGGGAACCAUCCUGCCAGCCUAUCACAAAAAUGGAGUUUGAAUUUGAAAGACGUAGAGUCACAAAGGAAGAAAUUCGAGAGCUAAUUUUCCGUGAGAUUCUAGAGUAUCAUCCUCAACUAUUGAAAGACUACAUGAAUGGAACAGAGAGAACUAACUUUCUUUAUCCAAGUGCUGUUGAUCAAUUCAGAAAACAGUUUGCUCAUCUAGAGGAAAAUGGUAAAAAUGGUCCAGUUAUGCCACUUGAUAGAAAGCACGUUUCUCUUCCAAGGUCAACAGUUGUACAUUCGAAUACGGUACACCCGAAAGAGCAGACAAAUAUUGCUUCCAGCAAAAACCGUCAAACAAGCGAUGAAUACAGUAAGAACUCUAGAGACACACAAAUUCCAGUGCCAAGGUCUUUGCAGGGGCCUCAAAGAAUUCCGUUAGGUUUGUCAAAACCUGGUAAAGUUGUUGGGCCAGUUGUUCCAUAUGAGUAUGGGGGUGUUGUCAAGGACUCUUAUGAUCAAAGGGCUUUUAUCAGAGGUUCUGUGCUUCCUACUCAACCUGUUCCUCCAGCAUAUUAUUAUCAAAGAUCUAGCACUGGAAGCCAAGAAAGGCCAGCAACAGAAGCUGAUAAGGGUGCACCUUUGCAAGCAAAACAUGCACAGCAAUGUGGAGUUAAUGCCAAAAUAGCACCAGAUAUAGCUAUUAAUAUUGAUACAAACCCCUUUUUUAUGACAAGGGCAGGAGUGAACAAAUUAGAACAGGAUGAUCAAAUAGCCAUAGAAACAAACUUGCUGCAGUCAAAGGCGCAAUAUAGUGGAAUUAGUGCUGCUGCUGGGGCCACUGCUCAUAGGAAAGUUGGGCCUAUUCAAUAUGGUAUGACAAGAAUGUACUAGAAGACCCUUGUCUUGUGAAUGUGUUGGCGAGGGGUAGCAAUCCCUGUAGAGAAAAAAUGGCUUUUUGUUGGGAAGGAACUGUAGUCUGAGGUGAUGAUGGUUUGUGUGUAAAAUGAGGGAGGGGGAGAGCCAUUGAUGCAGUGCUUCCCUAGAAAGAGCCAGCUUUCUCUGGUCCAAAAAGCUAUGAACUUUGGUUACAAACUAUCAAGCAAUGUAACAAUGGAAUUGAUUCCUAUCUUGCAAGUCAAUCCAUAACCUCCUUUUCUAGAUGUUUGCAGUGAAAUAACCACCUUGAAA